CGGGACCCGCGUCGGCUGCGGCGCUCCGGAGAGGCAGAGACUCAGGCAGGGGCUCAAGUGCCACUUUCUCAGCAUUGUCAGUGCGGGCAGCAUCAUCUCCUAGCCCGGGUACAGUAACUGCUGCACGCAACAAAUAUCCUCCGGAUCGGGACAGGAGAUUCGGGUUUGCUCAAUCCAUGCGAUCCGAGCCCGUCUGACUAAGAGAGAAAGAGAGAGCGAAAGAGAGAGAGAGCACGCGCACCAUUCACCUGGAUAAGCGGCAUCAGCAUCAGCACCAGCGCAGGGAGAAAGCGGACGCCAAGCAUCGCCACGAGAAUAUGAUGCUCCAACAGCACUUGCUCUUCGUGCUCUACAGCUUCUGUGGGAUUGUCAUCAAAGAGGCGGCGACAAAAAACAAAGUGAAAGGUAGUCAGGCUCAGUUCCCCAUCACCCAGAAUGUGACGGUGGUUGAGGGCAGCACGGCAAACAUGACCUGCCGAGUGGAUUAUAAUGAUAACACCUCCCUCCAGUGGUCAAAUCCAGCACAACAGACCCUCUUCUUUGGGGACAAGAAAGCAUUGAGGGACAACCGGAUUGAACUGGUCCGAGCCUCGUGGAAGGAGCUGACCAUCAGCAUCAGUGACGUGGCUUUGUCAGAUGAAGGACAGUACACAUGCUCGCUCUUCACCAUGCCUGUCAAGACUUCCAAGGCUUUCCUGACUGUGUUAGGUGUUCCAGCAAAGCCAGAAAUCACGGGUCUCUCGAGACCUGCCCAGGAGGGAGAGGACGUCACACUGACAUGCACCACAUCUGGCAGCAAACCGGCUGCUGACAUCCGAUGGUUCAGGAACGACAAGGAGGUGCAAGCAGGUCAGAAGGAGGUAAACGCCACGGGCAGGUCAUUCACGGUCAGGAGCAGCGUUCACCUGAAGGUGGACAGAAAGGAUGAUGGAGCUGCGUACACCUGUGUGGUGGAGCACGUCACGCUGGGCUCUUUACCGCACCAGGUCACAGAAGUGCUGGAGGUUCACUAUCCUCCUCAGGUAAAGAUUGUGCACUCAGUAAUUGUACCUCAGGAAGGACAGUACUUCAAACUGGAGUGUAUGUCCAAAGGCAACCCACUGCCUGAGCCAGUAAUGUGGACAAAAGAUGGAGGUGAGCUUCCAGACAUAGAGCGAAUGAUCGUAGAGGGCAGAGAUCUGAUCAUCACCACACUGAACAAAACAGACAACGGCACAUAUCGCUGUGAGGCCAGCAAUCACCUCGGCACAAACAGAGAUGAGUUUGUGCUCUAUGUCUAUGCUAAAGAUUUCCCAGGUACAACUACAGAUCCCAACGCUCUGACGCAGCACGGCCCCGACCACGCGCUCAUCGGCGGAGUGGUGGCCGUGGUGGUCUUCAUCACCCUGUGCUUCAUCAUCGUCUUGGGCCGAUAUCUGGCCAGGCACAAAGGGACAUACUUAACCAAUGAGGCCAAAGGAGCGGAGGACGCCCCUGACGCAGACACUGCCAUCAUCAAUGCGGAGGGGAACCACGCACAUGCAGAGGAAAAGAAAGAAUAUUACCAGGGAGCGGCAAGAAAUGUGGUUCAUCUCAAGUCGGAAAACCUUGGCUUUGCCAAUAAUUACGCUUUAAGACAAGAAUAUGUGAGAUGUAUAAUGUAAAUAUCAUGUACUGUCUGUUCUUGUGUGCGUGUCUGUUGUUUUCCAUUGUAUAAGUGGGUGAUUUUUAUCAGCUGCCCCCUCGACCCUAGAAUUAAGAAUGUGGCCAAGACAUACGGACAAUUCUAUUCAAUUGUACGGACACCCGAAAAACAAGACGGCAGAUUGAAAAUGGCAGGAACUCGAUGAAGCACAAAUGAGAAUUGGUGUGUGACCAUUAGAAGAGAGAUCAUUUUCUAUUUCCGUCAUACCUGUCUGUAUAUUCUUGCACUGUUAAUACCCUCCCCCACCCUUGAGCGUUUGUUUCAGACCUGAAAAUGUAUCAAACGUAAGCACAAAGUCAUUGUAAAAUGUCAUUGGUUUAGACAGUCUCAGGAUGAAAAAGAAGAGCCUAAUUCAAUUUGUCUUUUAUCACUUGAGUGAAUGAUGAGUUUUUGUUCUCACUUUGUCAAUCGAUCUGAAUGGAGGAGUGUUUCAUUUGGAUUGGCUGACUGACCCUUGUUAAUACUGCUGUAUAUUACUUUGCUAAAGUGACUCUUGGUGGAAUAUUGUUAAACUAUAGGAUCCCAUAUAUAUACAUACACACACAUAUCUAUAUAUAUGAGAAAACAAAUGUCAAAAAUAUCUAUUUGGAGUGUCCCAUACUUUUAGUUCAUAUAGGUGAAGAACAUAUUUGUUUGUUAUUUUGCUUUUGUCCCAACCCAGGGAAUGUAUAUAAUGUGUAUAUUUCAGCAUUUAGUACGCUGUUUAUUUAAUUGAAUUUGAAAACCUUUACUGCUCUGUUUUGUGUGCGACUCCAUUUUAGCUUCUCGAUACUACUGUAUGUCCCGACAGAAACUUGUCAUAAUACUAAUUUAUUGGGUAAAUCUGAUGGACAAACACAAUACAUUACUAUUAGUGCUUUUUCUAAGCUCGUGAACAGAUAGGAUCGUUUGUUCAUGAGAAGGUCAGAACAACAAUCACCAUUAUUGCCUUUGUGUUUGCAACAAAACAUAUGACGACCAUACAUUGAAGCUCUGGAGAACGCGUAUCCUUCAAUGUACGUUUUUACGAAACAUCUUUCCAGUGUUCAUACUUUAUUUCACUCUUUAUAACAUCAACUAGAACUGAGACAUUUUUCUAAGACCUUUUGAGUUGCGUUUUUUUUUUUUUUUUUUUUUUGGUUUUGCUGUAUGGGGAAAUGUGUGAGGUUGCUUUUACAUUAAAUAUCCAACUUUUUCAAACUAUGCCUCUGUAAGAAAAGAAAAACUCAGAAUACUGAGUAAAAUAUGCACAAACUCAGA